UCGGAGGAGCGGCUCGGCGGUAACGGAAGAGCUCUGGGGAGUGUGGCGGAGGUGCGCAUCUGCACGCUUCCUCGAGUCCUUUCGGCGGGAGAGCCCUAGGGAUCUGAGAAAUGAAAAUAAUUAGCACUUUACAGGAAAAAAAAUCUGAGAAAGUGGAAUGAUGCCUUUGUUUGGACUAAGUAUUAAAUACUAGAUGGCAGCUUUCAGGAGCUUUAAGGGAAGUGAUUUCAGGAUGGAGGCACUGCUGGAAAGAAUGCAAACCCAAGGACAGAGCAGCAGAGGCUUCCUGACUUCAUGUGAGGCAGAGCUGCAAGAGUUGAUGAAGCAAAUAGAUAUCAUGGUGGCUCACAAGAAAGUUGAAUGGGAAACUCAAACUCAGGCUUUGGAGUCUUGUUUAGAAAUCCGAGAACAGGAACUGUCCUCCCUCAAAAAUGCAUCAGAGGAGAAACGCAAAGAGAUUGAGAGAUUAUGCCAGAGAUUAGAAGAGAUGGAACAACUGAAUCGUGAGAUGACUAUAGAAUAUGAACGUCAAUUAACAAAAGUCCAAGAUGAGCUAGCUAGACUGAAGAGAAGUUAUGAAAAAUUGCUGAAGAAACAGUUGAAAGGAACUAGGCAAUCUUCCAAGAGCCAAGAGGAGGAUCAGUCUGAAAUAAGGAUCAUGACCAAGAAAUUAGAGGAGUUCCAUCAAAAGUCUUUAGAUUGGGAGAAGCAGCGCCUGCAGUACCAGCAGCAAGUUGCUUCAUUGGAAACACAGAGGAAGGCUUUGGCUGAGAAGUCUGAGCUAGUUCAGACUCAACUGUGCAGUCAGAAGCAAAUGUUUGAGUCUGUGGACCUGGCAAGCCAAUCUGAAAUCCAUCACUUAGCCAGCAAGUUGGAAAGAGCCAAUGAUACUAUUUGUGCCAAUGAAUUGGAACUGGAGAGGCUGAAUACAAGAGUAGAUGAUUUGACUGAUGCUAACCAGAAGAUUCUUAAAGAACAACAAAAGCUCCUACAUGAGCUGAAACUUUCCCGGAACUCUCUGGAGGUUCUCCAUGAUGAAAAGAUGGAACUAAAGGCCACUCUGCUGUCUCAGGAGGACUUCAUCACAAAUUUACAGAUUUAUCAUGAACAAUUACAGAAGGAGCUGUUCAAGCUAACUGAGACUCUGCAUGUGAAAGAAACUCUUAUCAGGCAACUGCAGAAGAAUACAGGGGCCAAAAGAAACUACUAUGAUGGAGCAGAAUUAGAGGAGGAUUUACGCCAGCAGUUUGAUUGUGCUGAAAUGAUUCAUCUUGAGGGCAGCCUAGGAUCUCCAGAUGAAAAGUGUAUCCAGCCAUCUGAAGAGCAAGCGAAGUUACAGGAGCUUCAGCUAACUGAAGAGCAGCUUUGCCAAGCCAAGGCUGAGAUAAAAAAACUGAAGGAAGAGCUAUCCCACAAGGAGCAAAGUCAUAGUAGAGAAGUGGAAGGAAUGAGGCUGGAGAUUACCCAACUAACACGGGAACUGCAUCAACGUGACAUUACAGUUGCUUCUUCCAUGGGUUCUACUUUAAACUUGGAGCAACAGCUAAAAAUAGAGAUUGAAAAAGAGGAGCAAAAGGCGAUAGAGCACAAGGCUAUCCUGUCUCAGUUGGAAGCUCUCAGACAAGAAAAUCACCAUCUAUCAGAGAAGCUACAGAAGGCAAAGAAUACUUCCUUUGCAGAAUUCCAAGAAAGUUAUAACAAGGUUUUAAAUAAAGUGGAACGUCAGAAUAAGCAACUACAGAAAGAAUUAGCAGAAACCAGGGCCAGCUUGGAAGCUUCGUCUUGGGUUUCUCAGAGCAAUUAUGACAAUGUUGUGCAGCAAUUGCAGCAUCCAGUGACUGAGGUAAAAAAUGCAGAGAACAGACGAAUGCAAGAACUACAGUGCAAACAUGAGGAAGAAAUGAAAGCACUUCAGACUAAAUUUGACAGGACUGUUCAACAUUAUGAGGAGGAAUUCCAGAAAGCAAAAUACUUUCCAUCCAGAAUAUUCCCCAUUUCUAGUACAGCUGCUGGACUACCUCCACUCAAUAGAAUAAACAGUGUGGAAUCUUUGCCCUGUGAACCUCUUGAGAGAUCAGAUCUUUUGCCAUGCGAAAAUACAGAAUUUUCUUACAUGGUAUCGAGAGAGUGUGAGAAGGAUUUUUUACCUUUGAGUCCUCUGCCCACUACAAAUGUAGAUGUGAUUGCUGAAAAGUUCCUGGAAGAAGAAGAAGAAAGAUCCCAUCAUAUUCUGGAACGCUUAAAUGCACAUAUUGAAGAAUUGAAAAAGGAGAGUGAAAGGACAGUACAACAGUUUACAUACCAAAAGUAACUUUGAUUCAGGGUCUGUGGAUUGAAGAGCUGCUUCAUUUAUUGCUGCUUUCUUUAGAGGACAAGACACAGCUACUGCCUUCAGGAAGUACGUUUCUCUGCUUCUUUGUCUUAGGUAUUCAGCGGCAGUGAAAUCAAGGAAAUGAAAUUUGUCUGUAGCAAAAUAUUUUGUCUGAUCACAGUUAUUGCACUACUACAGAAAACAUUUCUAACUGACCUAUAGUGUUCUGCUGCCCUAAAGUAAAUAGUGUGCUUCAGAGGGGAUGAUGUUGCCACUCUAAGGAGAGCAUUUAAACAUUUUAUGUGUGUGUGUGCAGAAAUAAAAUGACGUAGAUACUAUUAUCUUAUUUUACUAUGAAUGCAAAUAAUAUUGCUGAUCAUUUGAAUAUUAACUUCCUAUCUAUUUCCAAGGUCCCACAAAGUGACAAGUGGCCUGAGAAAAGGAGAAAAGAAAAUGCCAUUUUACUCCUUUUCUGGUUUUCCUGUGAGUUUGGUAGUUAUUUUCUGUGUUGAUUUUAGUUGCCAUCAAACAUCAAAUUAAUGGUUUAGUAAUGGUCCUUUGUGCAUUUUCAUAGCUGUAGAAAAAAUAUGGUCAAAUAACUGUUGCAUAAAGAGAGAGAUGUUUUAUUAUAUACGUUGAUUCAAAAGGUGAAGUUCAGUAUAAGUAAUAAACACCUAUACAUGGGACCAAUUUAACUUAGACAACAGCUGUCUUACGAAGUACUGCACAGAUGUUCCUAACCAUAAGAACAAAUUUGGGAGGCUGGUUGGUGUGCCAGACAGCUUUUAAAAAAUUAUUUAGUUUCAGGAAGAAAUACGGGUUUUAAAAGCAUGUCCUUGAGCAAAAACUAAGAAGCUAAACAUUACCUGUUCAUAUUUUCAACUCAUCCUUUCUAUAUUCCCUCUGAAUUACUAGUAAGAUACCAAGUUUCAAUAGCCAGAUACAGCUUCUUACGUUCAGUGCAAUUUCAAUGAGAUGGAGACUUUUAGAUUUUCACCCUUAAAUCUUUGAAAUAAUUUCAGAUUGUUAUUGUUAGAAAUAUAUUAAAUAUAUAAUCUCAGUUCAUGAUCGGCACUCUACUCUCUUCCAUAUUCAUAAUCAUAAUGGCAUUAGUAUGCUUUUUUUUUAUCUGCUGGAUAGUGAUUUUUGACAUUAUCUCUUCUGGAGAAAGUGAGAGAUGCCUACAUUUUUAGAAGCAGUGCAUAUUUGGUGCCAAAACCUGAGAUUACUGCAACUACUAUAAUGCUGAGUGUUGUUAAUAACUCUAAAGAAAUCCUUGCUCCCAGAGUACAUCUUAAUGUACACCUUAGUUUUGCAAAUGCUACUGUUUUUAUCUAAUUCCAUUCUCUUUCAGUUUUCUAAUGCUUCUAUUUUGCUUGCUAAAUUUGCUUUUUAUGGCUUCAUGCCUCUCUUUGCCAACACUUUAUCUUGACACUGAUGGACAGUAUGAAAUUAUACUCAGCAUGAAGGCAUGCCAAAAGAAUAACACAAAUUUUGAUUUAUACUGUUCUGUAGGGAUGGUAAAUAGUGGCUGUCAAAGCACACACAGCAUUUUCUUGGUAACAAGGAAUGACUCAUUUUCAGUCCAGCAGAAUUAAUGUGCUCAGUGUUUUCUUGUAUGAGACCACAAUGUUGGAUUUUAUAUAAUGAUCCUGAAAGAAAGAAGACAUGUGCCUGUUGCUUCAGUUAUCAUUGGAGAAAGACUCCCUGAAAGGUGGAGAUAGACAAAGCUAGUGAAUGUUGUAUCUCUGCCCAUAAAGUGCUCUGUAGAUUUAUUAUAACUAUUUGUGAUUUACUAAAACUUAUUUUACAUUAUCUUAAAAUGUAAAGUGGAUGUGCAGGUAGAAAGGCUUCAGGUUGGCCUCCUCCUCCUUGUUCCCUGGGACCCAGAUGAAAAGACAUGAUUCUAUUUUCUCUGCUGGAUAAGUGAAGAAACUUGGGAACAGCUUUGCAAUAACUAAGGAAGUGCUGGUGUGGCGAAAGGCAAUUCAAUAGAGUGAGGAGAGGAAGUAGGGAAAGAAGAAGGGAGUGUAAUCGUCAUUAAUCUGUGAGCCAGUCCACAGAGAGAAAGCAGGGAAGGAGUUCAUGCAUUCUGUCUCUCUGUCUCAAUGAAUGAAUAUUUUUAUGCGCAUAUGUGUGAAAAAAUGUUAAUUGCUGGAAUGUCUAAGGAAAAAAAAAAAAGGAAAAUGGGAAUAAAUAGGGACUGAAAGAAGGCUGAGUGGUCCUGAAGGAGAGAGAGAAAAAAAUUAAAUAUAUUUGGGGCUCAUGCUUUUUAGGCAAGUUAGUUGUCUGUUAGCUUCUACCAAUUGCCAUUCUAUGAAAUGGGUGUUUUAAAACUGCUCUCAAUCCCAUUUUGUGAUGACACUCAUGAGCUCAAAGAGAAUACAGUCACUCCUCAAUUGAAGCUUGUUGCUUGAGCUGGAUAGAACUAUGUCAAGUAGAAGAAGAAAGUGUGGGCUGCGUUGUCAUGCUUGAGACAAAGGGUAUACUUGGAAGCAUAGAGUAGUAAAGACAGAAUGAUUUGAAUAGCUUUUUCAUUCAUUGGAGUGUGAAAUUAUCCAAUCAUAUACUCUCAUAAAUCCCACAAAUGCCAC